AUGGCUCUUACUGCGAAGAUUCGUAUUUGUCAGUUAAAAGGUUUGACAGCUUUCUUACAAUAUUCAACAGCGGCUUCAACUACAAAUCUCAAAGAAGUGCUUGCACAAAAAAUUUCAAUUCAUAACGAGAAAGUCCGAGAAUUUCGAAAACAGCAUGGUGCAACGGUAAUUCAAAAUGUAACUGUAGAUAUGCUUUAUGGUGGAAUGCGGACUUUGAAGGCGCUGGUAACUGAGACAUCUGUGCUAGAUCCAGAAGAAGGUAUACGAUUCCGUGGUUAUUCUAUACCGGAAUGCCAAAAAAUGUUGCCUAAGGCAAAAGGAGGUGAAGAACCAUUACCGGAAGGAAUUUGGUGGCUGCUGUGCACUGGUGAUAUUCCAACUGAGGCACAAACUACAGCGAUCAGUAAGGAAUGGGCUGCUCAUGCAGAUCUACCAAAGCAUGUCGAACAAAUGAUCUGUAAUUUUCCGAAUAAUUUGCAUCCUAUGGCUCAGUUUGUGUCGGCUAUUGCCGCUCUUAAUUGUGACAGUAAAUUUGCCGAAGCCUACAGUAAAGGAGUACAGAAAGCGAAAUAUUGGGAAUUUGUAUAUGAAGAUGCUAUGAGACUUCUUGCAAAAUUACCUACAAUUGCUGCACUUAUUUAUCGAAAUUUAUACAGAGAUGGUACAUUGGCAAGUGUAGUAAGCUCAUCGAAUGAUUGGUCUGCCAAUUUUACAUCAAUGCUGGGUUUUAAUGAUCCAAAGUUCACUGAACUUAUGCGCUUGUAUCUCACAAUUCAUAGCGAUCACGAAGGCGGUAACGUUUCUGCGCAUACGUCUCAUCUAGUGAGCUCCGCGUUAGCAGAUCCAUAUUUAUCGUUUUCUGCUGCUAUGGGUGGACUUGCUGGACCGUUACAUGGUCUGGCCAAUCAAGAGGUGCUGGUGUUCUUAACAAAGUGCAGAAAAGAACUAGGCGAUAACUACACUGAUCAGCAGUUGCGUGACUGGAUAUGGAAUCAUUUGAAAAGUGGACAGGUAGUACCGGGUUAUGGUCAUGCUGUACUACGCAAAACAGAUCCUCGAUACACGUGCCAGCGGGAGUUUGCCUUGAAGCAUCUUCCGAAGGAUCCAAUGUUCCAUCUCGUUUCAAAGCUUUAUGAAUUUACUCCUGAUAUCCUUUUGAAGCAAGGAAAGGCCAAGAAUCCAUGGCCAAAUGUGGAUGCACAUUCUGGAGUGCUGCUUCAAUAUUAUGGCAUGAAAGAGAUGUCCUUCUAUACGGUGCUUUUUGGUGUCUCACGUGCACUCGGUUGUUUAUCACAGAUGAUAUGGUCUCGUGCUAUGGGCUUGCCACUCGAACGUCCCAAAUCUCAUUCAACUGAUGGUCUAAUGAAAUUGGUUAAUAAAAGUUGA